AUGCAGCUCACGACGCUCACCUCCGCCCUCGUGGCCCUCGCCGCGACCGCCAGCGCCACCCCGAUCAUGGGCAACAUCAAGAUGUUCUACGACCCCGACGCCGACUGCACCGGCACGCCCCUCCAGACCUCGGGCGGCCAGUCCCUCGCCAUCCCGCCCGACUACGUCGGCUCGUGCCAGCGCAUCCCCAUCGGCCUCGACAACACCACGUACAAGAGGUUUUCCGCCGUUCCUCUGACGCCCAUCUUCAGCUUUGAGCUGUACACGGACGCCGAGUGCAAGGAACUCGCGACCAACGCGUCCAACGUCUGCGUUUCUGACGUUCAGUCUUACAUCCCCCGCCGUAAUGACGGCAACUAA